AACAGCAGCGUUACACCGCCGGGGGACAUCAAUGGUGGAGUACGCGUUUAUUCAGGGCCGGGUCUGAGGGAGACCGUUACCGGGGCUUAUACAUGGAGAGCUGAGAGCGAGUAUGAGCUUAACGUCCUCAAUGAUGUACAUAUCCCCAGCCCUGCUACUCAUUCUCUACGGAUAUAUUGGGUUUUCGGAAUCUGCCCCUCGCAUCAGUCCCAGCGAUGCGUCGCCUAUCUCCAGCAGGAAGCCCGGCUCAGGCGGCUGGGACGCCUUUCGCACCGGCGAGCCUCGCGCUGCUUCACCCGGGACCAGAACCCUGUCCGCUCCUCCGGCUGGAAUCACAUCCCACCCGACAAGCCCCGGCAGCCCUGGCUCUGAAAAGGCGACCACCUUCCAGCCUCCAGCAACGGACCCGACAACCACCGCCAGUCGCACCACUGCCACCCCAGACGCUGGAAUAAUCUCCCCCAUUAAGGAGCAAAUAAUAGCGCCGAGUUCCCGGUUGACCUGGAGGCGCAAACGCUCCACCGAUGCUCAGACAUCACUUUUUAGCCCGGAGAAGAUGCUGCAGACCAUGGUGUCUAUGGUUUCCCAGCACACCACCAACGAUGCCUGGGCUGCAGAUAACGCUGAUGCGUCUGUUACCUCAGUAGAGAACAGUCAAGAGGCGGUGUGUAACUGCAGCAGCGGCACUGAAGGAAUUUCGGAUCCAGACGUAUGCAACCAGAGCACGGGUCAGUGUUCCUGCCUGCUGGGCUACACGGGCCUGCAGUGUGAGGAGUGUGAGGAGGAGUACUUCACCAACGGCACCAGCGGCUGUCUGCCCUGCUCCUGCGACUCUUUCGGGGCCGUAAGCCCGGACUGUGACAGCUCAGGGACCUGCACGUGUAAGACGGGAGUGUACGGGCCCAAGUGUGAUGAGUGUCACCCAGGUUUCUUCCACUUCAGCAACACUGGCUGCCGGCUCUGCCAAUGCAACAACCACACCAACUACUGCCACCCACAGUCUGGAGUGUGCCUGAACUGUGAGGGGAACACCCAGGGGUCCAACUGUGAGGAGUGCAAGGUGGGUUUCUUCCGCCGUCUUGGUGCCGCCCCGACCGAAGCCUGUGCACCGUGCCCCUGCUCCAACUCCACCUCCACUGGCACCUGCCUCACCGAUUCCAGCGGCUCUGCCGUGUGUGAGCGGUGCCUUCCCCACUACAGCGGCCCGCACUGUGACCAGUGCAGCCCUGGCUACUACAACGCGUCCGGGGCCUGUGCACCGUGUGACUGCAGCGGCAACGCGGACCCUCUGGGCCCCGCCCAGCUCUGCGACCCUAAAACCGGCAGCUGCUUGAGAUGCAUCAACAACACCUCCGGGUCCCGGUGCCAUGAGUGCGCCUCUGGGUUCGUAGGGGACGCCAGAGCACAUAACUGCACCCGUCCAAAAGCGCGGCUGAUACCAGCACCAGCAGAGGUCACGACCAAGACCCCCAUGUCCGGCGGGUCUUCCCCAACGUCACCUUUCACCAGCACCACUUUGACCUCCACAGCAACCAAAGGCAACCCAGUCCACAGGUCCAACGACAACGGCGGCGCCGCCUUGGGCAGCAGCACCACCACCACCACCACACAGGCCCUGCUGACCAGCCUGAGCAGUCCCACUGACAACACCACAGCAGCCCUGAAGGAGGUCUCAUGGACGCAGUUCAACAUCAUCAUCCUGGCCGUCAUCAUCCUGGUGGUGCUGCUGCUGCUGGGCUUCGUGGGAGGCGUGUACACCUACCGGGAGUACCAGAACCGCAAGCUCAACGCCCCCUUCUGGACCAUCGAGCUGAAGGAAGACAACAUCAGCUUCAGCAGCUACCAUGACAGCAUCCCCAACGCCGACGUGUCCGGCCUGCUGGAGGACGAGGCCACAGAGGUGGCACCCAACGGUCAGCUGGCGCUUACCACACAGGCAAACAACUACAAGGCUUAACGCCGCCAUUCAGCCCCAAAUCAGACUCUUAGAUUUACAGAUGACAUGAAGCUGCUGGAACAUACCAAAUCUAAAGCUCCCUAAUGUCUGACCCUCUCCCCUGGAGAAAUGGCCCCUCUUUGCAAACUGACAGAAAGGACAAAGACGGUGUCCGAGAUCAGAGAAAUGGAUACAAAGUUCCCACCUGAGAGAGAAAGCCCUAUUUGAUAUAUUUUGAUUGUGAAAUGGAUGAACAGUGAAAAGGCUUCCAAAAAGAAUGUGAUUUAUUGUGAUCAGGAGCCUGCAGGGGGCGCUGUUGUUCUGUAAACUGGAAUAUUGUGACAGGUGCAAAGCAUACACCUGUUGGCUGAUGUUCCUGAACCCAAUGAGAGGACUUAUGGGAGCCUAGCAUUUCAUAGAUAUAUAUAUAUAUUUUAUUUUAUUUUUUUUUAUGGACUCUGGGCAGUUUAAGUUAAACUCAGAUUACUUUUAGACGAUCCUAAUUGAGACGAUUGUUAUUUAAUGAAUUAUUUUUAUUCUGUUCUUAUUUAUUUGUUGACGUUUCAUUCUUGGGAGAAAAUGCUGCACAUUUCCAAUGUGUAGUCCUCCAUGGUGUUUUUUAUCCGGUGUGCUGUUGAACGGUAUUUUUUACUCGCCCAAACAUGUUUCCAUGUACAGGAGAAAGUCUGAAUGAAGUGACCUCACCUUUUUGUUUUAUAGCUUCCUGUCUUUUGUUAAAGUGUAUCAGCUCACUCCAACGCGUGCAAGAUUAGUGUUUCUCUUAAAAAAACAGCAAUCACCUUUUUUUUUUUUAUAAGGUCCACUUCACUGCUGGGGAAGUGACACAUCUUGGGCUUGCGUAAAAUGCCAUAAAAUUGUAAUCUUAUCUGCUCUUUGCUGUCUACCUCAGCAAAGGUUUGAAAAAAAAACAACAAACAAACAAAAAACAAAAGACUUCAUAAAAAUGGCUCACAGUUAUGUGGAGGGUGUGUGGUGUGACUCAGAUGACAAGGCCAUUUGAUGUUUGAAACAUGAACACAACUCCAGUGUUGAUCCUGUUGUUAUGGAGCCUGCUGCUUCCUCUGACCACUUCCAGCCGUGUUGCAUCAGCGGGAGCAGUGAGCUGUGAAACCAGGCCGGUCACUGCCGGAUCCCGGUCGGGGAUCUGAGGGACCUGCUGUUAUUUGGGCCAGCGCUGGCCGGACGCCCUUCUUUUUGUUCUGGUGAACGAGUAAAAGCUAAUCAUGGAAGUAACUCCUCAGGUACCGGCUCUCUCUCCCUAAUGUGAUCACUGUAAAUACAAUUCUUAAUGUACAGAUGAAUGUGAAUAGUAGCACGAUUAUUGUACAGGUAGGAUACUGUGUGUGCACUGUCACUCAACAAGCGCUGACCCUCUCUGGGCGUGAUGUUGCUGUCAGCUUUUUCUAUUGUUUUUAUUUCCUACUUUGCCACAUAGACGGUGGGAGGACUGAGAGCGCCCAGAAAUCAGAACUGCAACAACCCAAACUGUGUAAAUAAGACCUGCAACUCAGAGCUCAACUCUCAAAUAAAAAUGAGUUUAACUGUU